AUGUUAGAGUUCUUGCAUGGAUUACUCGAAAGUUCCCAGAGGUUUUUGUGGGUCAUGAGGCCGGAAUCUAUCAUCGGGGGCAACGGAGAGGAUCUAGUUCCGGCAGAAUUAAUGAAAUGUAUUAAAGGGAAGGGUUUGUUGGUGGAGUGGGCCCCACAAGAGAAGGUGCUCAACCACCCUGCAGUUGGAGGGUUUAUGACGCACAAUGGAUGGAAUUCGACUCUUGAGAGCAUUGCAGCUGGCGUGCCAAUGGCGUGCUGGCCUUAUUUUGCGGACCAAACGACGAAUAGUAGGUUUGUGAGUGAGGUUUGGAAGAUCGGAUUGGAUAUCAAAGACACUUGUGAUAGAAAGAUUAUUGAGAUGGCAAUUAGGGAUUUGAUGGAAGUGAGAAAAGAUGAGUUUAUGGAAAGGUCAGCAAAUUUGGCUAAACUUGUGAAAAAGACUGUUAGUAAAGGGGGUUCGUCGUAUAAUAAUUUGGAUGGUCUCAUUCAUUAUAUUAAGUCGUUGGUAAUUUGA